UUCUUCUCUCACAUUCUCCUUUGUUGCCACACCUCACAGCAAGCUUAGGAUGCUCGCUCGGAAUGCUGUGCGGAAUGCUGUUCAAGCUGCUCGUGCAAACACGGUACAACGGGGCGCUACGUCGCGGGGGUUCCACCCCUUGGCAGGCAGGUGGGAUGGGACAAGCAGUCCAGUGACAGGGAACCUCGUGCCCAUGGUUAUAGAGCAGACUGGUCGGGGAGAGCGCAGUUACGACAUCUUCUCUCGUUUAUUGAGGGAGCGGGUAGUGAUGCUUUACGGUCCAAUUCGAGACACCGAUUCAGCGCUGUUAGUAUCACAACUUCUCUUCUUGGAAGCUGAGGAGACAUCGAAGCCAAUUCAUCUAUACAUCAACUCUCCUGGAGGCAGUGUCACCGCCGGGCUAGCGGUAUAUGACACAUUGCAGUAUGUUUCAUCACCAAUUCAUACCUACUGUGUUGGUCAAGCGUGUUCCAUGGGAUCCCUGCUGUUGGCGGCAGGAGAAAAGGGCAAGCGCCACGCUCUGCCUAACUCGAGCAUCAUGAUCCACCAGCCUUCGGGAGGCGCAUCUGGCCAAGCAUCAGACAUCGCCAUCCAUGCACGCGAAAUUUUGAGGGUUCGUGAGGUUCUCACGCGCAUUUAUCAACGCCACUGCGGAAAGUCGGAGGAAAGCGUUGAAGAUGGCGUUCAGCGCUUCGAGAAAGCGCUUGAGCGUGAUUACUUCUUGACAGGUAAGUCUAUUCUUGAGGAGGGCUAUGCUACUCUUGCCGACAUUGUCUGGGUGAUUGACGGCCCUUGUCAACAGCGCAGGAAGCGCUUGAGUUUGGAAUCGUCGACAGCGUCUUGGAGAGACGGCCCAAGUCUGAUACCGACUUGUAAGCAGGGGUGCAGUGAUAUCCGCAGUCUCGCUAUAGAGAUAUGUGAAUAC